AUGCCCAUGAUGCGCGCCCUCGGGGUUCGGAAAUGGGGAAAAUCUGAUAAGCUGGAAGUGUUGGAAGUGCCAGUCCCAUCGAUCGGCAAUCCGAAUGAUAUUCUCAUACGAGUGAAAGCAGUCGGGCUCAACCAAGCUGAUGCCGUGAAAGCAUUGGGCUAUGCUAGAUUACUCGACACAGAUAGGUUGCCAAUUAUCAUUGGAUACGAUUACGCGGGAACCGUCUCAGCAGUAGGUAGUUCUGUCGUGGAUUUCGCCCCCGGAGAUGCGGUUUACGGAUUCAGAAUGGGCGGCACAGGUGCAGCCGAGUAUUUACUGUUGACAGCGAGCUACAAAUACUCCAUCGCGAAGAUACCGGGAGGGCUCUCGUUCGAAGAAAGCGCGUCGCUCGCGGUAUCUACGCACACGGCGCUGCGGGCACUCGAUAAAAUCAACGAUUCAAUGCCGGGCGGUUUGAAGGGGAAAACUGUGCUGGUGACUGCUGGGCUAGGGGGUAUUGGUUCGGUGGCAUUACAGCUUCUGAAGCCUGUUUUUGGGACGGGGAAAGUCGUUACUACGCUCUCUACGGGGAAGAUUCCCCUGCUUUCGGGGUUGUUGGGGGAGGGGCUGGUGGAUCAGAUUGUAGACUAUACCACCCAAGACGUGGUGACCGAAGCCGGUGCUGGAACUGUGGAUUUUGUACUGGAUACUGUCUUUGCCUCUAUGGCGUAUCUUGCGCUUCUGAAGCCGGGCACGGGGGUGGUGUUAUCUGUCAUGGGGAAGAGCGGAACGACGCUGAUGGAAGAUUAUCCAGGCGCACCGUGGAUGGUGAAGAAGCUGAUGGAUGUCCUCGAUGCGUUUUUUAAGUGGAGAUCUGCGAGGUGGGGAGUUAGAUAUGAGCAUGCUAAUACCCAGUUCACGAAGGCGGACUCUGAGAGGAUCGGAAAAUGGGUGGGGGAGGGAAAGCUGAAGCCGGUUGUUGGUGAGGUGUUUGACAUGGGGAUUUGGAUCGUGUGA